AUGGAUGUUGAUAGCGAUAGUGAUAGUGAGAUUGAUAGUGAGAGUGAGACUAACUCGUAUGACAACAUGGACGCCUUGUUGAAUGAUAGAUUUAGGGAUGUGGCACAAGCGGAAGGGAUAAAAGAAGGUAUGAAUGAAGAUGCAAAGAAAUUCUAUGAUUUGGUUGAAGAGGCUAGCAAAGAACUGUAUCCCGGUUGCAAGGGAUUUUCUACGUUGUCUUUCACCACCCGACUAUACUUGUUAAAGUGUCAACAUGGGUGGAGUAAUGCCUCUUUUACUUCUAUCUUGGAGUUGCUGAAAGAGGCUGUUCCUAAAUUAAAUAUUCCUACUUCUUUCAAUAAAGCCAAGACUAUGAUGAGAGACUUAGGUCUUGACUAUAAGAAGAUUGACGCAUGCCCGAACGAUUGCAUGCUAUAUUGGAAAGAGUACGAGAAGGACACAUCUUAUCAUGAAUGUGGUGCUUCUCGUUGGAUUGUACAUCCUGUAGUUGAAGCAGAUGUUUUGCCUUCAAAAAAAUCUCACAAUAUUCCUGUGAAGACAUUGCGACACUUUCCCCUAAUUCCCAGGCUUCAAAGACUAUUCAUGUGCUCAGCAACAGCUAAAAGCAUGAGGUGGCAUGACGAAGAACGCAAAAAAGAUGACAAGUUAAGGCACCCCGCUGACGGCCAGUCAUGGAAGGACUUUGACAAUCGUCAUAAGAAUUUUGCUCUUGAUACCCGUAAUGUGAGACUUGGCUUGUCAAGUGACGGAUUCAAUCCAUAUCAAACCAUGAGCAUAUCUCAUAGCACGUGGCCUAUUGUUUUAAUGGCUUAUAAUUUACCGCCAUGGAUGUCUAUGAAACAGGAAUACUUUAAGUUAUCGUUGCUAAUCCCUGGACCAAAGUCACCAGGAAAUGAUAUAGACAUUUACUUGCAGCCUUUGAUCGAGGAGCUGAAGGAGUUGUGGGAGGUCGGGGUGGAAACAUAUGAUGCAUCCAAAAAUGAAACCUUCCAAAUGUAUGCAGCUCUCAUGUGGACAAUAAGUGAUUUUCCGGCUUAUGCAAUGCUAUCUGGUUGGAGUACAAAAGGGAAGCUAGCUUGCCCUUGUUGUAACCAUGGGACUUGUUCUAACUAUCUUAAAUAUAGUUGCAAGACAUGCUACAUGGUUCAUUGUGCCUUUUUGCCUGAGGAUCAUCCAUGGACAGCUAACAAGAGUUCUUUCAAUGGAAAAGUAGAACAUAAGCAAGCUCCACCAUUAUUGUCGGAGAAGAACAUAGUUGAUAGUAUUCUUGGAACUCACUUGGAUAUUUCUGGCAAGACAAAAGAUCACACAAAUGCUCGAUAUAACUUGAAAGAAAUGGGCAUUCGAAAGAACCUUCACCCCAAGAAAACAAAUGGUAGGAAAAAGGUGAAGCUGGCAAAGGCAUGCUACUCAAUGACCAACGCUGAAAAGUCGAUUUUUUGUGACGUCUUGAAGACAGCAAAGUUACCAGAUGGCUCUGCUUCAAAUAUUUCUCGGUGUGUGAACCUUUUGGAGAGAAGAAUAUUUGGUUAUAAGACUCAUGAUGCUCAUUUCAUUCUUCACUAUUUGUUACAAAUUCCUAUCAAAGGAAUACUUCCAGAUCAAGUUGUAGUUCCUUUGAUUUGA